GCGCUGAGGGUCCCCUGCGUGGCGGCUGACAAGCCAGAAGGCCAGGAGAGCCGCGGAGGUCUGGCGCACGUGACCUGCGGGGCCUGGGGGCGCGCGCCGGCCUCCCGCGGUGCCUCUGCCAGGGGACCCGCCGGGGGGAGGGGCCGCGGCCAGCCGCCUGCCGUCCAGGCGGCCGCUGCCGUAGCUUCGCCGCGUCCGCCGCGCUCCCCGGACUCGCCGGCCCCGGGAGAAAUAUUGCUGAAGUGCUGCUGAAAGGGCCAGAGAUGCAAGGAUUUGGGACACAUUUUGAACCUUUAAGCUGUCUGACAUUGACCUCCUUUCAUUAUUAAUAAAGAAGAAGCAGGAGCUUAGGAUGUAUUAACACCAACUCAUUAAUAUACUAACCGGACAAUGUUCUGCAACAACUCUACAUUGUAGAACUGUAUUGGCACAAAACAAAAUACUUUCUUAUUAUACCCAGCUUAUAAUAUGACUCGAUGGAGGAAAAUUUGAUAAGCAUGAGGGAAGACCAUUCUUUUCAUGUUCGUUACAGGAUGGAAGCUUCUUGUCUAGAACUGGCAUUGGAAGGGGAGCGUCUGUGUAAAUCUGGAGACUGCCGUGCUGGUGUGUCCUUCUUUGAAGCUGCAGUUCAAGUUGGGACUGAAGACCUAAAAACACUUAGUGCUAUUUACAGCCAGCUGGGCAACGCUUACUUCUAUUUGCAUGACUAUGCCAAAGCAUUAGAAUACCAUCAUCAUGAUUUAACCCUUGCAAGGACAAUUGGAGACCAGUUGGGGGAAGCUAAAGCUAGUGGUAAUCUGGGCAACACCUUAAAGGUUCUUGGGAAUUUUGAUGAAGCUAUAGUUUGUUGUCAGCGACACCUAGAUAUUUCCAGAGAGCUUAAUGACAAGGUGGGAGAAGCAAGAGCACUUUACAAUCUUGGAAAUGUCUAUCAUGCCAAAGGGAAAAGUUUUGGCUGCCCUGGUCCUCAGGAUGUAGGAGAAUUUCCAGAAGAAGUAAGAAACGCUCUGCAGGCAGCCGUGGACUAUUAUGAGGAAAACCUAUCACUAGUGACUGCUUUGGGCGACCGAGCAGCCCAAGGACGUGCCUUUGGAAAUCUUGGAAACACACAUUACCUCCUUGGCAACUUCAGGGAUGCAGUUAUAGCUCAUGAGCAGCGUCUCCUUAUCGCAAAAGAAUUUGGAGAUAAAGCAGCUGAAAGAAGAGCGUAUAGCAACCUUGGAAAUGCGUAUAUAUUUCUUGGUGAAUUUGAAACUGCCUCUGAAUACUACAGAAAGACUCUACUAUUGGCUCGACAGCUUAAAGACAGAGCUGUAGAAGCACAAUCUUGCUACAGUCUUGGAAACACAUAUACUUUACUUCAAGACUAUGAAAAGGCCAUUGAUUAUCAUCUGAAGCACUUAGCAAUUGCUCAAGAGCUACAUGAUAGAAUUGGUGAAGGGAGAGCAUGUUGGAGCUUAGGAAAUGCAUACACAGCUCUAGGAAAUCAUGAUCAAGCGAUGCAUUUUGCUGAAAAGCACUUGGAAAUUUCAAGAGAGGUUGGGGAUAGAAGUGGUGAAUUAACAGCACGACUGAAUCUCUCAGAUCUUCAAAUGGUUCUUGGUCUGAGCUACAGCACAAACAAUUCAAUGAUGUCUGAAAAUAUUGAAAUUGAUAACAGUUUGCAUGGUGCACGCCCCAAGUUUGGACGCCGGCACAGUAUGGAAAACAUGGAACUUAUGAAGUUAACACCAGAAAAGGUACCAAACUGGAACAGUGAAAUUCUUGCUAAACAGAAACCUCUUAUUGCCAAAGCUUCUGCAAAGCUCCUCUUUGUCAACAGAUUGAAGGGGAAAAAAUACAAAACUAAUUCCUCCACUAAAGUUCUCCAAGAUGCCAGUAAUUCCAUUGAUCACCGAAUUCCAAAUCCUCAAAGGAAAAUCAGUGCAGAUACUAUUGGAGAUGAGGGGUUCUUUGACUUAUUAAGCCGAUUUCAAAGCAAUAGGAUGGAUGAUCAAAGGUGCUGCUUACAAGAGAAGAACACCAGGUCAGCUUCAACAGCAGCUUCUUCCACUCCUCCCAGAAUGAUGCUAAAAACACCAUCUGUUUCCAUGAUGUCCCCCAACACAGAUGAGUUUUUAGACCUUCUUGCCAGCUCACAGAGCCGCCGUUUGGAUGACCAGAGAGCCAGUUUCAGUAAUUUGCCUGGGCUUCGUCUAACACAAAACAACAGUCAGUCAGUACUUGGCCACCUGAUGACUAAUGACAACAAACAGCCUGAUGAAGACUUCUUUGACAUCCUUGUAAAAUGUCAAGGAUCCAGAUUAGAUGACCAAAGAUGUGCUCCACCACCUGCUGCCACAAAGGGAUCAACAGUACCAGAUGAGGACUUUUUUAGCCUUAUUUUACGGUCUCAAGCAAAAAGAAUGGAUGAACAGAGAGUUCUUUUACAAAGAGAUCAAAACAAAGACACUGAAUUUGGGCUAAAUGACCUUUUGCAGAGUAAUGCUUUGUUGGAACUUGAAAAUUCAGGAAAAAAAUAAGCAAACCACUAGUAUACUAUGAAUAUCUUUUUUAAAGCAGCCUUAUUUCCUUUCAGAACACUGAAGGGAAAUUCAAUCUAUUACUUUUUUCCUUAAAAGGAGAAAUUAUAGCACUGUACUACAGCUUAAAAUGUUUUUAGCAUGAUGUAAAUAUUUAACCUUUAAUAGUAUAGUAUUAAUUAAUACUUCCCCUGGACAUUCACUUGUUUCAGGGUGGAGGGGUCUUAAAAGGUGCUUCAUCAGCUCUUGUGAUUACUGCUUGGGAUUAUGUUCUUCAGCAACUUGUUAGAUUCCUUUACCUGGUAUUUGUAAAGUAGGAAGUUAAAUGAAUCUAGAGUAGGAUUUAAUCCUUUUGCUGAGGUAAUUUUUUUUUUUAAUCUUAAUUGACAAUGGCUUUUUUUAUACCUAACCAUAGAUGUAGUGAGAAAUUAUGCUGUUUCAUAAAAAUAAUAUACUUGACCAUUGUGUAAAAAAUUAUAUAGUCUAUUAAAAAAAAAAUCUAGAUUUUUUUUUUCCAUUAAGAAAAUCUCUAUUUUCAAUAUAUUUUUAGGCCAAAGCCAUUAUAAAAGAAACAAAAAUAAACUUCUUUUAGUGUG